GCUCGGAAUGGGGCGUCCAGGCCGUGGCGUUUUGUUCCUUCUGCAAACUGGUCGUGUUCGAAUUGCGUUUUCUUGGUGCCUACACGUCGUGCGUGCCGGUUUUCCGCAGCCCGGCGCUCCGCUUCUUCCUCGCCCAGGCUGAGAGGACGGGUGGGGGCACGUCGCCCUCGCGCGGGAGAAGGGAGGCCGGGCGCCGGGGUUGGCCUGAGUUGACUGGGAUGCUUCGCCGACCACCAGGCUGCCCGGCGCUUGGCCCCUUGCAGUGCGAGCCCCAGGCCUUCCUCAGGGAAAGCUUCGCUUCUGGCUCCUAGUCGCCCUCAGUUACCAGACCUCCCCAGCGCCCCACUCCCCUCUGCCAGCCGAGUGUGAAGACCCUCAUUGUGCCCCCCACCCCGGAAUCCCUCGUCUGAGGAUUAAGCACAUAACUUCCCAUUUUUCAUCGGGAUCCAGACAAUCCCAUUCUGUCCAGGUCUGGCUAGCUGUCCCUAACGUCAUUUCCUGGUCUCAACUCUUUAAGACCCUGAAAGACUCUGAGAUUGGAGUGAAGAUUUCUGUGACAUGCUGGGUAUCUCUGCAUUAGCUAGAUUGGACAUAUGUAAAGGGACAUCAGUAUAUCUGGAUCAUCAGAUUGUACUUCAAGAAGACCAUAGGGAAGAACGCAUUUUCAUCUUGCUGCAAAAGUUGCAAUAGAAGAUCUGAAGGUUUGAAUGGGCCAAUGAGUAUCCUCAUCAUUGAAGCAUUCUAUGGAGGCUCCCAUAAACAGCUGGUGGAUCUUCUCCAAGAAGAGUUAGGAGACUGUGUCGUUUAUACCCUUCCUGCAAAGAAAUGGCAUUGGAGAGCCCGGACAUCUGCUUUAUAUUUCUCUCAGACCAUUCCCAUCAGUGAGCAUUACAGGACCCUCUUUGCAAGUUCAGUGCUUAACCUGACCGAACUGGCUGCCCUUCGGCCUGACCUUGGGAAACUGAAAAAGAUUCUGUAUUUUCACGAGAACCAGUUGAUAUAUCCUGUCAAGAAAUGUCAGGAGAGGGAUUUCCAGUAUGGAUACAACCAAAUUCUUUCAUGCCUGGUGGCUGAUGUGGUUGUAUUCAACUCGGUUUUUAAUAUGGAAUCAUUUCUCACUUCCAUUGGAAAAUUUAUGAAGCUGAUUCCUGAUCACAGACCCAAGGAUCUGGAAAGCAUCAUCAGACCCAAGUGCCAAGUUAUUUACUUUCCCAUCAGGUUUCCUGAUGUGAGCAGAUUCAUGCCCAAGCACAAAACAACCCAUUUAAAGAAGAUGCUCGGCCUUAAAGGAAAUGGCGGUGCGGUUCUGUCCAUGGCCCUUCCUUUUCAGCCAGAGCAGAGAGAUUCGGAGGAUUUAUUGAAGAAUUUUAAUUCAGAGUGUGAUACACACUGUGGCCUUGAUACUGCACGACAAGAAUAUUUGGGUAACUCAUUAAGACAGGAGUCAGACUUGAAAAAGUCCACCUCAUCAGAUAAUUCAAGCUCUCAUCAUGGUGAAAAUAAACAAACUCUGACUGUUGAUCCCUGUGACAUAUUGGGUGGAGUUGAUUAUCAGCAAAGACUGCUACACAUUGUCUGGCCUCACAGGUGGGAGCAUGAUAAAGAUCCAGAAAGCUUUUUUAAGGUAUUAAUGCAUCUUAAAGACUUAGGACUCAAUUUCCACGUGUCUAUACUUGGAGAAACCUUCACAGAUGUCCCAGAUAUUUUUUCAGAGGCCAAAAAGGCAUUGGGAUCUUCUGUCUUACACUGGGGCUACUUAUCCAGCAAAGAUGACUAUUUCCAAGUACUGUGCAUGGCUGAUGUUGUCAUCUCAACAGCUAAGCAUGAAUUCUUUGGAGUGGCAAUGUUGGAAGCUGUGUACUGUGGGUGUUACCCACUUUGUCCUAAAGACUUGGUUUAUCCCGAAAUAUUUCCAGCUGAAUAUCUGUAUUCUACACCUGAACAGCUUUCAAAAAGGCUCCAGAAUUUCUGCAAGAGACCAGAUAUUAUAAGAAAACAUCUCUAUAAGGGUGAAAUCGCUCCGUUUUCUUGGGCAGCCCUACAUGGUAAAUUCAGGUCUCUGCUUACAACAGAACCUAGGGAAGAUUUGUGACAGAUGGGGCUAAGUCACAAACUUGCAGCCUAAGGCAGAAUCUGAAGAACUUUCCAGAGUGUGCCCAUAUUUACCUGAUCAGAGAGAAAAGAAAAUCUGCAGAGGAAGCUGAGCCUGGCUGCUUGUCAUAGCUGACACAGAGCCAUCUGCCACAAACCUGUGGCGGCUUCAGAUCUCCAAUCCCUGCCACCACCCCAACUCAAAUUAAAUACAGAUUCCUAGAGACGUUAUGAUGGUUACACAUGUCCUCGGCAUCACAUGUAGGAGACUGUUCAAAAAAAAUAUGUGGCCUGUUGUAUAACCGCACUCAUGUAUCCCAUAUGUGGUGCCACAUUGAAUUUCCGGUUGAAUCCGUUUUUAUCCUUUGUACUGGAUGACAUGGUGCCUGAAUUCUUUCUUUUCGCCGACACGAUGGCAGCCAAACUGCAGCUUCAAACGCUCACACUUGGCUGGGUUUCUACCUAGGUUGCCAGGUUAUCAUCGGAGCCUUCUUGUGUCCUCAAAGGGCCACGAGGCCUGAAAGGAGGAUCAGAAUGCUUUGGGACUAAUUGGGCAGCCAUCGCAGAAUUGUUUGUGGGCAAAGGGCUGCUUUAGCACUUUUCUUUUAGCAAAUUAAUGACUCUCAGGCACAGGGGGUUUUAAGUGAAGGUAUUAAUAAGAGGUCUGGCAGGUAUUCCCAUGAUUCACAGAGUUACAUUUGCAUUUAAUUAAUCUUAAAGUUGCAAGAUAAACAGCUGUAAUUCAGACAAACAUGACAAACACAGUGAAGCCAACUAUCCCAUAAAAUGAACACUGACAUACUUGUUUUAAUUUUUUUCCCAGCGUAAAAAUAGAGAAAUCAAAAUACUCCUAAUAAAACCAGCAAUUUUGAUAGAAAUAUUUCUCCAAAAUACUUGCAUCCACCUACAAAUAUAACCUUUUCAAGAUAAAUUGCUUAUGAUUCCAAUAGUCAAACUGCUGUGUUUUUUGAUGUAAAGAUGUUUUGAAUGGCUAGAUGGUAAAAUAAAUUUUUAAUAAAGUACCCACUGCAAUUUUUAA